AUGGGGCAGCCCCGCCGGGCGCCGCCUCCCCGCCGGCCGCGGCUGCGGGGGGCCGGGGCCGCCGCCGCGCGUGUGCGUGUGUGUGCGGUGUGUGUGCGCGCCCGCCCGCUCGUGUGCGUGCGCGGGGCGGCUCGGGCGCUCGUCCUCCCGCAACGCCGCCGUGCCCGAGAGGAGUUUCCCAACCCCUCGGUGCCUGACUUCCCAACCCGCCGCCCCUCGCCGCGGAGCGGCGGCGCGGACCGCCGGGGGGUGUGCGAGGCGAGGCGGGGCGGGCGCGCACAGCCCUCCGCGGCGCCCCCGCCGCCGCCGCCCUCCGCCCAGGGGCGCGGGGCCACGCCGGGCGGCGCCGAGCUCGGGGCGGCGGGCGCAGCGCCGCGCCUCCCGCCGGGGCCGCCCGCCCGCCGCGCUCGGGACGCCGCGGCGCGCCCCGCCCCGCCCGGCCCCGCCCGCCGCCCGCACCGCAGCCGCCGGCACGACGGGCAGCGCGGGCUGCCCACGGCCCCGACGGGCGGGCGGCGGGGCGCGGAGCGGAGCGGCCCGCCCCCCGUGCAGGGGGAGUUGGGUGUAUUUCGUGGGCGGCUUUGUCGCGGGGACCCGCCGUCAGAAACGUCCGUGCGCUUCCCCCGGGCACGGGGGCGGGCCGCGUUUCGGGGUGCCCGACGGCGCGCCCCGCGGUCCCGCCGCACGGCUACCGCGGCGGCGCCGGCAGCGCGGAGCGGCACAGCCCGCCGGCCCCGCGCGGCCCGAGUGGGCAUGUGCGGCGCUCGCACAUGCCCAUUAGGGAAACCGGGUGCUGCCGGCGAGGCUGUCCCUGCCCGCUUCACGGUCCCCGGCGAGCCGGCGUCGUCUCCGGAGCCGCCCCGGCAGUGCCCCGCGCGGGGAGCCCCGGCACCUGCCGGCUCCGCGCCGCUGCUGCCGGGACCGCGCCGUGCGGGCAGCGCUGCCGCUCCCUCCGCGCCAACCGGCGGCGUGCGGCUGAGCGCGCUGCCCACCUGGCUAUAG